CCUCCCCUCGAGCCGGCCAGCGCGCGCCGCCGCGUGCGCGUCCCCGUUUCCCCCCCCUCCCCCCCGCACACCUCUCGCGGGGGGGCUCGCGCGCGGCUCCCCCCUCCCUCCGCGCGCCGCCUGAGGGGGAGGCGGCGGCGGCCUCUUCUUCCUCCUCCUCUUCCUCCGCCGCCGCCUCCCGGCCCGCCGUCAUGGCCCAGGCAGGGCCCCGGCGCGGCCCCAGAUAGGGGGCUCGGCCUCCCCGUUGCACGCCGGGCCCAGCCGGCCCCACCGACCGCAGGUUUUUCCGUGGUGCUGCUUGUCAGCGCAGGCUUCCAGUACUUCGGGUGUUCGGGGAGAUCUAAGAUUUGCAUUGGACUUCAGAAAAAAUCAUUUAUUGUAGUUUAACGUGGAUUUCAUUAAGGUGUAACGCUUCCUUGCUAAUCUGGAACAAAAGUGAGAGAAGGAAAGCUGUCAUUUUUUUGUAAUAAACCUGAGUACUUCAAACAGCAAAUCGGUUGACAGGAUACCUGUGAUCUCUCGUAUGUGGAAAGAACGCUAGCAGAAAGGUGAAAAAAUGGGUGUUAAAACAUUCACUCAUAAUUCCCCUGCUCACAGUCAGGAGAUGCUGGGAAAGCUGAACAUGCUCCGCAACGAUGGACAUUUUUGUGAUAUCACCAUCCGCGUCCAGGACAAAAUCUUCAGGGCGCACAAGGUUGUUUUGGCAGCUUGCAGCGACUUCUUCCGUUCAAAACUCGUCGGCCAAGCAGAAGACGAGAGCAAGAGCGUGUUAGACCUGCACCAUGUGACAGUGACUGGUUUUAUACCUCUUCUGGAAUAUGCUUACACAGCAACACUAUCUAUUAAUACGGAAAACAUUAUUGAUGUGUUGGCUGCAGCCAGCUACAUGCAGAUGUUCAGCGUUGCUAGCACGUGCUCAGAAUUCAUGAAGUCCAGCAUUUUAUGGAAUACACCCAACAGCCAGCAAGAGAAGGUGCUGGAUGCAGGACAGGAGAACAGCGCAAACUGCAAUUUUACUUCUCGAGACGGCAGCCUCUCUCCAGUUUCUUCUGAGUGCAGUGUAGUGGAAAGAACCAUUCCUGUUUGUCGAGAGUCGCGAAGAAAGCGCAAAAGCUACAUAGUUAUGUCUCCCGAGAGCCCCCUUAAGUGUAACACACAAACAAGUUCCCCCCAAGUGCUGAAUCCUUCAGCGUCUUACCCAGAGUCCAGAAAUCAGCCCGUGGACUCGUCCUUAGCUUUUCCCUGGACUUUUCCUUUUGGAAUUGAUCGAAGACUUCAGUCUGAGAAGGUGAAGCAGGCAGAGAACUCUAGGACUUUGGAAAUGCCUGGGCCCUCCGAGUCCAACAGAAGAAUUGCAGAUUAUGUGACUUGUGAGAGCACAAAAGCCAGUUCUCCCCUCGUGAUCGAAGAAGACGUGCGUGUCAAAGUGGAAAGGUUAAGCGACGAGGAGGUUCAUGAGGAAGUGUCGCAGCCUGUUAGCGCAUCCCAGAGCUCUCUGAGCGAUCAACAGACAGUCCCAGGAAGCGAGCAAGUGCAGGAAGAUCUCCUGAUCAGCCCACAGUCUUCCUCUAUAGGCUCAAUAGAUGAGGGGGUUACGGAGGGAUUACCCACACUCCAAAGUACCUCUGGCACUAACGCUCAUGCAGAUGAUGAUGAUCGUUUGGAGAACGUUCAGUAUCCCUACCAACUCUACAUUGCUCCUUCUACCAGCAGCACAGAGAGACCCAGCCCAAAUGGUCCAGACAGACCUUUUCAGUGUCCAACCUGCGGGGUCCGGUUCACUCGCAUUCAGAACUUAAAACAACACAUGCUUAUCCACUCAGGCAUUAAACCAUUUCAGUGUGACCGCUGUGGGAAAAAGUUCACCCGAGCUUACUCGCUAAAGAUGCAUCGCCUGAAGCACGAAGGUAAACGCUGUUUCCGGUGCCAGAUAUGUAGUGCCACUUUCACUUCCUUCGGGGAAUAUAAACACCACAUGCGGGUUUCCCGGCAUAUUAUCCGCAAGCCUCGGAUUUACGAGUGCAAAACAUGUGGCGCCAUGUUCACCAACUCUGGAAAUUUAAUCGUUCACCUGAGGAGCUUGAACCAUGAAGCGUCAGAGCUAGCAAACUACUUCCAGAGCAGUGACUUCCUAGUACCGGACUACUUAAACCAGGAACAAGAAGAGACCCUCGGGCAGUAUGAGCUAGGGGAGCAUGGCUUUGAAAGCAACUCUUCUGUCCAAAUGCCUGUCAUUUCACAGGUGUCGUCAACUCAGAAUUGUGAAAGCACUUUCCCCUUGGGGUCUCUGGGUGGGUUGGCAGAGAAGGAAGAAGAUGUGCCAGAGCAGCCAAAGACUAACGCCACUGCUGAGGCAGCCGCAGGUGACCCUCCGAAACCGGAGCUGUCAUCUAUUACUAUUGAAUAAUUCAUGGUUUGGUUUCAUUUUUGUUCUUUGGAAAGUGCCUGUGUUUGGUCCUGUACAUUUUAAUUUAAUUUUUUUUUUUUUAAACAAAAGUGGGGAGAUUUUCCCUUUUUACUUUGUAAGCUACGCUUUAAACGGAAAACUGCAACAGAUGUUACAUUAUUUUUCAUGACUGAAUGAUCACUUCUGUGAAAAUAUUUAAGACUGAAUGCACAAAAAGAUCUUGUCAGAACAUCAUGGAAGCUGUGAUACACUUCUAAAGAAGAACAACUGAUUCAGAUCACUUCUAACUAUUUCUUCUUCCACAGUUAGAGCAGCUCAUUAAGUUUCUCUUGCUCCUGCAGACCCUCUGGUUAAGGGAAAGAAAUCAGAAGAAACCUCUUUAAAAUGACAAACAAAAGGAUGCAUUGGAAAUCAUUAUUGAACAGUUUUGACUAGUUUUGAGUGGAUGCUUUAAUCUUCUGCAUAAAAAAAUGACACUUCCUAUCUCUGUGCCUGCUGUUUUUCAAAGCGCUUACUGUAACCCUUUUCUUGGAAACAGUAAGCAUUUUUGAAACUAACAGCCACAUGCUUUUUAAAAACACAUUGUCCCUUUUCAUCUCAGAUGAAUCAGUUUUGACAAACCAAGUGAUGUCAUGCCAGGUAUUCCUACUUCUUAUAUUCCAGUCCUUUUAGAAACUGCUUGAUCAAAUAGCCUGUCCAGAUUUGCCCAUCUAAGGUUAGGCGUGGAAAUACUACGGUCAGGAAAAGUCUAACGGCACAUAGUGAACAGAGGAUGAUAGAAAAGUAUCUCUCCAUGCAAGCCUGACAAGUAUCUCAUGACUGUAUCUUUCUGUAGAAGUGGAACCACACAUGAAAAGGAAGGUUUUCCCAACCUGAGAAUCUUAAAUCCUGGCCAGAUUGUUUGCGGUUCUGGUCGCUUCCCCCUGUCAUAUAUACUGUAUUUUUACUAAUCUCCAAAAGCUAGCUAGAGGGAGUUUACAGAUGGGAAAAAAUGAGCUCUUUUGUGCAUUAUGGCACAUUUUUUUGUUUAUACAUAUGCAUGUAUAGUUUCUGAGAUUUUUAUUAGUCUGUUUUGGACAAAACAAGCAAUUAUUCUCUUCAGAGGCCAACUUUCUAACCCAACAGGGGGUUGUUUACAAAAAGCCUAUAUAGUAAUGAUGAAUUGUUCCUGUUUCAAAACAUUUUAAAUCCUUGCCAACUUGCUUUAUUAAAGGCCAUUACUCCAGCUACACACACAGCUCAAGUAAGCAAUAAAUUGAAAGAUUUGCAAUUUCAUUUUUCCAUAUUUAGAAAAAGCUGCAAAUUUAGGAUGUGGGAUUUUCAGAGCAGUGAGUCUUGUUUUGCCGAGGUUGUUUGGGCUAUAGUACUGCUUUGAAACCUAAAUUAGGAAAUACAUUAGGAGGUUUGUGAUUUUUAUUUUUUUUUAUUGCUUCUGAAGUUAACUCAGCGUUUGAUGCCAAAUGCCUAUCGCCUACAGAUGACAUGCUGAGCGAGUAGGUAUUACUUGAUCUUAGUAUUCCAAAGGCAUGAUAUACUGCCUUAGUUUUGAAUCUUGGGUUGUUUUUUUAAAAAUUGUUACUUUCUGUCUGGAUUUAUUUUACGCGAACAUGAGGAGGAAAUGAAACCAAUAGAGAAAGGUUGCUCCUGAAGAAACAGAAGACACAGAAGUCGUAUUAUAUUGCAAUAUCCAUUUGUAUUCAGUUAGCUUAGGCAGCUCUGAUACUGUGUAGGUCUGAGUUGUUUCUACUAAUAGCCAACUUCCGUAAGGAAAAAAGUCGAUUGCCCUUUGGAAAGACCUUAAAGGGUUUCAGUGACUUUAACAAUUUUUCUCCGCUGUGUUUUAGGUAAAAAAUACACAUUUUAGUUAAAUAGAGUGAAAACAGUUGGGAUUUAAGUCCUUUCCAAGUUACUGGAAUGAAGUUUCUCCACCAGAUCCAAAGGGUGUUUUAGAAACACACUGCAAAGAAGUUCUUUGCUACAAUUCAGUCUUGUAUGUCUGCCUUUGUAAGUCUUCUUAAAAGGGCUUGAAGGAGAAAUUCUUUUUUUUGGGAUGCUGUACUGUGAAUUAGUCCAGUGUCUGUUGAUGGGCUGAAUUUAAAGACCAGUUCUCUUCCACUUCUGAUUUCUGUAACUGAGAAGCCAGUAAGACAAGACAAUGCCUUUUGCUGAGUUUCAUCCUGAAUUAUAGGGCUAUGACACUGAACUCAAAUACAUAAGUUUCUUUUUUCUGGUAAGUGUUACUCUGCUUUGCAGGUAUUUGAGAAUCCUUUGUGAUUCAUGUAGUAAAAAGUACUUCACACAGAAACACGUUUCCAGACUGUACAGGUGUAAUAAUCAAAGGUGGUCAGGUAUAGGUGGGCAUAAUCUUCUGUUAGGAUCUGAUAAUUUUCACCCCUUGGAUAUUUUGCGAAACAGUUUAUUGGUGAGGAGAUGUGCAAAUACAGAAUAGACAUAUCUGGAUAUUGGGUUUUUAAGACUUAAAAUUUUGCGUCAGAAGGCAAACUGCUUUCUGAAUACCAAAGAGAAGGGGGGAAAAAACAUUAAAAAGCCUUUGUAGUUCUAAUCUGUUCUUCCUUGA